AUGAUCUAUUGUCACAAUAUUGGUAGUAUACUUCAAAUUGCCACUAGUUAUUGUGAGAGAAGAGUUGGGUUCUGGUUGGCCUUUUUUGUGCCUAUGGUGUUGUACAUUAUUAUGCCGCUUUUCUUGUUUAUUGUGAAGCCAAAACUCAAGAUCAAACCACCGCAGAGCGACGUCAUGCCAAAAGUCGUCAAGAUCCUUUCUGUUCUUUUUUCCGGCAACUUUGUCAAGAGAUUGUGGAACGGCACCUUCUGGGACUAUGCCAGACCAUCCCACAUGAGGGCCAGGGGAAGAGAGUACUUCAACAGCAAGAAACAGACACCAAUCACAUGGAACGACCAGUGGGUCCUGGACAUCAAACAGACCAUCGACUCGUGCAAGAUCUUUGUCUACUACAUUGUGUUCAAUCUUGCUGACAGUGGUUUGGGCUCGGUCGAAACAUCCUUAUCCGGUGCUAUGAGAUUGGACGGUGUGCCAAACGAUCUUUUCAACAACUUCAACCCAAUCACCAUCAUCGUCAUCAUCCCAAUCUUGGAGUACGUUAUCUACCCGCUUUUCAACAGGUACGGAAUCAACUUCAAGCCAAUCUACAGAAUCUGCUUUGGGUUUGUUGUGUGCUCCUUCUCACAGAUUGCCGGUUACAUCUUGCAAAAGCAAGUCUACGAACUGUCUCCAUGUGGCUACUAUGCUAGUGGCUGUGACGAACCGGCCCCAAUUACCGCCUGGAAAGCCACCUCUCUUUUCAUCUUGGCCGCUGCCGGUGAAUGUUGGGCUUACACCACUGCCUACGAGUUGGCCUACACCAGAUCCCCACCUGCAAUGAAGAGUUUGGUCUACGCAUUGUUCUUGCUUAUGUCUGCGUUCUCCGCCGCAUUGAGUCUUGCCAUCACCCCAGCCUUGAAGGACCCACACUUGCACUGGGUCUUCCUUGCUAUUGGUCUUGCUGGUUUUGCCUGUGCCAUUGUGAUGUUGGUGCAAUUCUGGAACUUGGACAAGUGGAUGGCCGAAGAGGAAGCAGAAAGAGAAAGACUGACUAGAGAAGAAGAAGAGGCCAAGGCUCUCCUCGAUGUUGACCAUCCAAUUGAAGCCAUCACAUCAAUCAAGUCUUAG